AUGGCCAUAACGGCCCCGGGCCCCGAAGCACUGCGACUGUCAGUCGCUUUUCGCCAUUGUUGUGGUGGGGAGGGCCAGCUCGUGGGCUGCUGGCCUCGGGCGUUGUGCGCGUGCGCGCGGGAUGGCGCGGGAUGGCUCGCCGCUGCGGCAGAGGCGCGGGACGGCUCCAGCGGGGCCGCCAAGUGCGCAAAACCUCGCGGGCCGGGCCAUGUCACUUUUUACCAAUCUGACACCGCGGUGUCAAGGGCGUCGGAAGCAUGCGUUUGGCGGGUGGGACACCUGCGGUGGCAAUCGCGUUCCCGGGGCAGGCGUGCGCGUGUGUGCGUGGCUCUUCCUGUGUGUUUCGCUUCGUGCUUUGCGGGCUGUGUGUCGCUCUUCGCGCGUUCCAGCUGGGCGUUGUUCUUCGUGCUUUCCGGCUGCGGCGUGUCGCCUGGUGAUUGGUGUAAUGCUUGCGAGCCGACAGCCGCACCGAGGUGUAGCGACGCACACAUACAAGAAACCGUUGACGGCGCCAAAUCCGAGUCUUUUUCGGCCGGAAGAAUUUAG